GCUCGGCGGCGAGCGUCUCGGGAGCGGCCCGCGCCAGCCAUGGAGCCGGGGGGGCUUCGAGGGAAGAACGGCCGAGGAGGAAGCAAGAUGCUCCGCGGUGACGGAGACGAGCUCGGCUGGGAGGCGGCGGCGGGCGGCGGCGGCGGCAGCACUAAAAAGCCCAAGUUUCACUUGCACAUCAAGACACUGACAGAUGAUGUGUUUGAUAGAUUUUCAAGUAUACGAAUUCCUGGGAGCAAAAAAGAUAGACCAACUAUAAUGAAUAUGAAACAAUCGCAUUCCACAACCAGCAGCUGGCCUACAUUUACAGAUGUGGAUGACUUCAUUCCUAAUCCUUUAUCAGAUGGGGAGAUCCUAUCACUAUUUGAAAAAAUGAUGGAAGAUAUGAAUUUAAAUGAAGAUCGGAAGGCACCAUUGAGAGAGAAAGAUUUCAGUACCAAAAAAGAAAUGGUGGUGCAAUAUAUUAGUACUGCUUCUAAAGUGGGGGGCCUCAAGAGGAGCAAGCAGAUUUCAUCUCAGGAGUUCAUAUAUGAACUUAAAUCAGGAACAGUAGAUGAAAAACUUGUUGGUUGCUUAGAAUCCCUCCGCGUGUCAUUGACUAGUAAUCCUGUCAGUUGGGUCGAGAACUUUGGAUAUGAAGGACUUGGAUUACUACUGGACAUCUUGGAAAGACUGGUUGAAGCAAAGCAACAGGAACAAAUUCUGAAGAAGUUACAGCACAAGAUCAUACAGUGCUUGAAGGCCUUUAUGAAUAAUAAGUAUGGUUUGGAAAGAAUAAUGGGUGAAGAGAGAAGCUUUUCAUUACUGGCCAAAGCAAUUGAUCCUAAACAAAUCAGCAUGAUGACGGAUAUAGUUAAACUUCUUUCUGCAAUAUGUAUUGUUGGAGAGGAAAACAUCCUUGAAAAAAUUUUAGACGCUUUGACUACAGCAGCAGAAGAGAAAAACAUUGACAGAUUUUGUCCCAUUGUGGAAGGUCUUCAGGGGAAUUCCAUCCAUCUGCAAGUAGCCUGUAUGCAGCUGAUCAAUGCACUAGUUACGUUUCCUGAUGAUUUGGACUUCAGACUCCACAUUAGAAAUGAAUUUAUGCGUUGUGGAUUGAAAGAGCAAGUGCCACAACUGAAAUGCUUGAAGAAUGAUGCUUUGGAUAUUCAACUAAAAGUGUUCUGUGAACAUACAGAAGAAGACAUGAUUGAAUUUUCCCAUCGUUUAGAAGAUAUCAGAUUGGACUUUGAUGAAGCAAAUGAUGUUUACAAUGUGGUGUGGAACACUGUCAAGGACACUAGUGCAGAAGGCUAUUUUCUUUCUAUACUUCAGCAUCUCUUGUUGAUCAGAAAUGACUCUUUUAUAAGGCCACUAUAUUUUAAGUUAAUUGAAGAGUGCAUUUCACAGAUAGUCUUACAUCGAAGUGGAGUAGACCCAGAUUUUAGUUAUCGUAAAAGACUGGAUGUAGACUUCAGUCAUUUAAUGGAUAUUUGUAUUGAGCAAAAGAAAAUAGAAGAACUUGAAAAGAGAGCUUCAGAAUUUUCAAAAAAGUUUGAAAAUGAAUUUGUAGCACAUCAAGAGACAAAAGCACAACUUCAAAAAAUUGAAGAAAAUAUUCUUCACACUGAAGCAAAUGGAAAAGUUUAUAAACAUAAGGAUGGCUCAAUAACGAAUGACAUAGGUGCCUCUCCAGUGAAAUCUUUGGAAGGACAUGUGACUCCAGUCUCAUUAGCUGGAGCUCUGCCACCACCGCCACCACCCCCAUUGCCACCUUCAUUGACAAGUAGUUCAGGAAAGGCUCCUCCUUUUGGUGUGCCACCACCACCACCACCACCACCACCACCACCACUACAGACAUUGCCAGGAGCACCGUGUUCUCCUCCUCCUCAAGUGCUGCCUUAUGGAUUGAAGCCUAAAAAAGAAUUUAAACCUGAGGUCACUAUGAAAAGACUGAACUGGUUAAAGAUUAGACCACAAGAAAUGAAUGAGAACUGUUUCUGGAUUAAGGCAAAUGAUGGCAAAUAUGAGAGUGCUGAUCUUUUAGGCAAGCUGGAGCUUACCUUUUGUUGUAAAAAAACCAUUAAAAAUGAUGAAAAUAUUGAAGAGAGAAGUAUUAAAAAACGAAUCAAAGAACUCAAAAUUUUGGAUCCAAGGAUUGCUCAAAACCUUUCUAUCUUCUUAGGUUAUUUUCGGGUACCUUAUGAAGAAAUAAAAAUGAUGAUACUGGAAAUAGAUGAAGCCCAGUUGUCGGAGUCUAUGCUUCAGAAUCUAAUAAAACACCUUCCCGAACAAAAACAACUGAAUGAAUUGUCCAAAAUGAAGAGUGAAUAUGAAAACUUGUCUGAACCAGAACAGUUUGGUAUUGUGAUGAGUGGUGUAAAGAGGCUGAAGCCACGGCUGAGUGCUAUUCUUUUUAAGCUUCAGUUUGAGGAACAGGUGAAUAACAUCAAACCUGACAUCAUGGCUGUCAGUGCUGCCUGUGAAGAGAUAAAGAAGAGCAGGAGCUUCAGUAAGCUUCUGGAACUAGUAUUGCUAAUGGGAAACUACAUGAAUGCAGGAUCUCGAAAUGCACAGACAUUUGGAUUUAACCUCUGCUCCUUAUGUAAAUUAAAGGACACCAAAUCAGUUGAUCAAAAGAUAACACUGCUUCAUUUUCUGGUGGAAUUGUGUGAAGAGAAGUAUCCUGAAGUCCUAAGAUUUGUUGAAGACUUGCAGAGCUUAGAUAAAGGAAGCAGAGUUUCAGCAGAAAGCUUGGAGAAGAGCCUAAAACAGAUGGAAAGGCAGCUUAUACAACUUGAGAAGGAUUUAGAGACCUUUCCCCUUUCUGAAGAUAUUCAUGACAAAUUUGUGACAAAGAUGUCCACCUUUGUAAUUCAAGCACGGGAACAGUUCCAGAAACUCUUGAGGAUGCAUAACAGUAUGGAAACACUCUAUCGGAAUGUAAUGGAAUUUUAUGCCAUCGAUUGGAAGAAAGUUUCAGUAGAAGAAUUUCUAACUGACUUGAACAAUUUUAGGACAAUGUUUAUGCAAGCUGCAAAGGAGAAUAUGAGAAGAAAAGAAGCAGAAGAAAAGCAGAAACUUGCUAGAAUUGCUAAAGAAAAAGCAGAAAGGGAAAAAAUAGAAAGACAAAGAAAGAAAAAGUGUUUGCUGGAAAUGAAAACAGAGGGUGAUGAGACAGGUGUGAUGGAUAGCCUACUGGAGGCCUUGCAGUCAGGUGCUGCUUUUCGAGACAGAAGAAAACGCACAAGGGCUAAAGAUACAGAUGUGCCACACAAUUUCAGCCCAACCUCUGAAAGACCUGUUCUGAAAGCUUGUAACCAUGAAAACCAAAAGGCACCAACAGAAAAGUUACAUUUGCACCACAAUAUGAACAUAACAUCAACAAGGAAUCCAAUGAACAAGGACCUUAAUUUCAAGAUGGAAACUAAUUCAUCUGUAGAAAAGAGAACAGCUGCUGGGAAGAAGGGUAUUAGUAAUGGAGGAAGUAGUAGAGGGAAAGAAAUGGAGCUUUCUGGCUUUGUUUCUAAAGGAGAAGCAAUUCCUGAAGUAGAAGCUCUGCUAGCAAGAUUACGAGCACUGUAAUCUUUGACUUCACCGAACAAAGCAAAAACUGAGUCCCUUAAGAUGCUCAAGAAAAAUGUAGGUCUAUAGCAGAAUAUACAACUUCAGAAAUGCAGGUGGAACGAUUCUCCAAAUCAGAAAUACCUGCAAGUAAAAAAUUAGCAUGUUCCUCUCUUUCAGAAAGACUAAUUCAUUAGCUUUUCACAUGCUGUGAGUAUUGGAUGUAAAUGAGCUUUUGAACAACUGAUCUCCAUUAGCUUUCUGAAACAGUACAUGUUAUUAUCUGAUUGGCACCAAAAAGAAGCUUCUCAUGGCUGCUACAUGUUUUGCAUGAUGCACAUUUGAUGUAUGGAUUUAUAAUGUUUUGUGCCUGAAUAUAAAACUCUUCUUUGUAUUCCUGUAAUAUGGCAUUGAUGUCUUGCAUAGUUGGAAGACAAUUCAAGGAGGGAAAGGGGGGGGGGAUUUUGGUUCACAGAUCUGUUGACUGUUGAUUAACACUCAUCCCCUCCCCAAUGUGCUCCACUUUAAAACAAUUGUAAGCUAUUGAUUUAAAUUUUAAAAAAUGCAAAUCAAGCUAUGUACAUCCUGGGUAUUUUGCAUUGCAGAGUUCGAAAUUUUAGUAGAAAAAAGUGCAAUACAAUAUUACAUAAGUUAUAAAUAAGUUUAAUAGUAUAUUCUUCAUCAGGUAAGUGCUAAAAUGCAUUCAUUUAUUGUUAAUCUACAGACAACACUGCGUAUCUAUGCAUAAAGUAAUAUUAAAUGUAUGAUAAAAUGUAUAUCCAACCUAUAGCUGUUCCUCAAACUUGAAAUAAAACACAAUUUUGCCUUAGCACAAAUUUAUGAUUACUAAAGGAACUUAGUUACUCUUUGACUGUAACUGAUCUUAAUUUUUCUGUUGUGCACAGAAAGACACCUAAGGAAAUAUUUGCCAGAAUUGGCUUUUAAUUCGCUUUGUAACGAGGCAUGCUCUUGGAUUUGGUAGCGAUUUCUCACAUAAUUAAUCAAUAUUGGUGUAUUUUAAAUUCAUUUGUAAAUUGCACAUCACUGCAGUGUUGACUAAUUAAUUACUCUUGCAAUAGUAUGUUGCUUCUGGAUCCAUUUAUGAGAGCCUUAUAAGAUCAUACCUGCAGAUUAUUUGGACACCAAUUAAUAAUUUUCUUCAAAAUGUUGUGUAGGAGCUAUUUUUUUUAAAAAAAAUGCAUUGCCUUUAUUAUUUUUGAACAAAUAAAACCAGAAU